AUGGGAGGAGUUGACAUGAGCCGCGAUUACUACGCGGAUCUGGAGCUCCCGGCAGACGCAGACACGAAUGAGAUCAAGAAACAGUUUCGAAAGCUAGCACUCAAGUACCACCCCGAUCGAAACCCAGGCAGAGAAGCCGAAGUCAACUCCCGAUUCCAGGUUAUUCAGUCAGCCCAUGAAAUUCUUACCGACCCUCAACAACGAGCCAAGUACGAUGCCGGGAGAACACGAUCGAGGUAUCCUACAGCGUCCGGAGUCCGAGGCAAUCCCUGGCAGAAUGCCGGUGCCAACUUCCCUCCCCCACCUCGUCGUAAUGCAACAGCUCGCAAUCCGCCGCCGCCUCCGCCAGCCUCGGGAGCCAGUAGAUACCGUAACUUUGCUUCGGGUGCGGCUCCGACGGCUAAAGCGCAGACGAGAGACGACUCAGAAGCGAAGCGGAAUGCCUGGCAUGCUUUUGAGAAUAUGAAGGGUCGGGCCAGCCAGUCUCAGCCAAAGCCCGCCAAGGCCCCCGAGACUCCAAAGCGACCAGUUCCCCGAACUCCUUCUCAGAAACAGAGGGCGGAGGCUUCCUUUGGACGCAAACCUGGCUACACUCCUCACUCGCCCGUUCCUGCAGAUGAGCCUCCGGUGAACUCGUCCAACUACUCCACCUCAUCCCGGCACACCAACAUUUUCGCAGACAAUGCGCGAAGACAACAAGAGGCAGGAGUGCCAGACCCUCUGGCGCAAUUUAGGGACUCGGAUUCUCGUCAAAGCACUCCUUACAUGUCACAUGGCGGCGAGAAACUGAAUCCAUUCGAUGGCAUCUCUGUGGGACGGGCGAAAAGCACCCGUGAAAGCCCUCGACCACCUCAGGAAAGCUAUGGCCCCAAUCUUUCGCCUGGCAGCGCUCGUCAACGCGCCCAAAGUGUCCCCCGUCAAGCAAGGACUGAGCCGUCGAGCCCGCGCACUUCGACUUCGACGCCGCAAGAGGACCGCCCUAACACGGCGACUGCAACUGCAUCCAACUCGCCCAAGGACCCAUUUAGAUCCCGCGCAAGCGCAAGAUACACCCCACCGAACACGGCCACCGGUCCUGGUCCGAACAAUGCGCAGGCGAAGGCCACUGCUUCCCAGAAUCUUAAUGGAGCGGGAAACAUUCACACGGCACAAGGAUCUUCAAUGUACGGAACAUAUUUUCCCCCAGGUUCUUUUCCUCCUUUUGCGGUCCCCAACCUGCGGCGCAAAUCAGCAGCCGAGGCUCGCGCACGAUAUGCAACGCAGCAUCCGCUUCCUGAGCAGUCGAGCAACGCAGGGCUGCAUGAUUCGCCGUCUCCCAGUGGAGAUAGGUCGAGGAGGAGCGACUCACUCACACCAUUCGAGCGGAAGCAGGGCGAACUUCUGAGCAAGCUUGUGAAGAGACAGGCGCCAGACCUGACGCCGCUUUCUCGUGACAAGCGCCACACGAUUGACACUCACCAUGAUGUUACACCGAACCAAGCUGACCAGAAAAUUACCAAUAGCUUCAAUUUUCCGAUCGACGAUGACACCUUUGCCCGAACCGCCGCACCAGAGCAACCAACUUUCAGCCGCAGGAGCACCGAGGAAAUUGACACUAGCUUUGUAAACGGUGAUGGUCCAGAUGCUUGGAAAUUCAGCGCCGGCAGUCCGAUCCAGGACCAAGCCGCCAAGGUUCGUUCGCAAUCAGGAAGCCGCGUAGGCCGUCGAUCACCGAUCAAGCGCCCCAGCUUGAGACACCAGAAGGACAUGUCGGGCCAGCCGGCAGGAUCACCUUCUGCGGAAGGAAAGUUUGAUGCUCAAGACUGGACCCAACAGAUUGGGGCCCAAAACUUCGUGCCACAUAAGACGCACUCUACAUCAACAUCUCCUACCCGAAUUUCUCGAGUCAACUCUAGGAAGACCAAGGUCAAGCCGACGGCAGGAGGCAAUGCAGGACUGGUGAAUGAUGACUACGACAGUGACGAGGAGACCGAGUGGAGAGGACGAAAGUCAAUGGCGGAGCCUAUCGGUGCGAACAGCCCGAAUGCUAUGGACAUCGACCCUCCGCAGACUGGGACUUCUCAAAAGCGAGAUCAUUCCAACAGCGCGAGAAACAUCCCUGUGGAACCAUCUCGUCCCGAAUGGAGGCCUGGCAAUGGCUUGCAAGAAAACGGCCCGAAGCUACCUGCGCGCAAACCAGAAUUCAACCCAAACAAUGCCGGUUCUGAAGACAGCGAGGAGUUUAGGGCCAGCCUUGCUGACCUCAAGAAUGUGGCGCCAUUCGCGCAAAACUCUUCUGGACUAGGUUCUCUGAAUGAUCUCAAGAUGAGUCUACCGUUUGAGAGUCAGCCGUCAGGCCGCGCUCCGAUAGAAAAGGAGAAGAAACCUUCGCUCGAUUUCCCGGUCAUCCCGCAAGUACCCCGACCCCCGCCUACUUUCGCGGUCAAUUUAAAGCCGACUGGCGGUGCGUGGCAGAAGUACACCCAGGACUUCCAGAGUUACGUUUUGAGAUGGGAAAUCUUCAACGCUCAAGUAAUUGAGCAUUUCAACGCUCGCAAGGCAAACAUCGCCGAUCUCCGAGCUCGCAAGGGCUAUUCGUUCCUCGUCUCUCGCGGCGAUGAUGAGAUUCACGAAUAUCUUGAGUGGAUGGCACAAGAUAAGGAGGUUCGAAGAAAGUGGGCUGUCGCAUGCGAAGACCAUGAAGCACGCAUUCGUGAGUUCAUGGUAUACAAGGGCAAGAUGGCAUAA